AUGACGGAGAUUUUGGAGGGAUUGCCAGAAGUCACCUGCCACAUGGACGACGUGCUGGUGUUUGGUCCGAAUCGACAAGUACACGACACAAGGCUCCGUGCCGUUCUAGGGGGGAUCUCCCUCAACUCACAAAAAUGCAUCUUCGGAGUCGAUGAGAUUGACUUCUUGGGUAACACAAUAGGAAAAGACGGAAUUCACCCCAACGAACGAGCUCUGGAUGGCAUUAAGAACAUGGCAGCGCCAACGUCAAGAACGGAGCUGAGACGUCUGCUUGGCCUGGCCACCGCCGCUCACGUCAUGUUAAGCAAAAAGCAAGGAUUCGUAUGGGAGAAGCCUCAGCAAGAAGCCUUCUUGCAAUGGAAGAAGAUCCUGUCUUCGUCUCCUGUACUAGGGGUGCACGACGUCAACCGACAGAUGACGGUGUCCGGGGACGCAUCUUCUUACGGGCUGGGGGCGGCGCUCGUCCAAAGACGAGAAGAUGGUGAGCUGAUUGAAAAAGAAGGCUCGGCCCUCGCCUGGGCAUGCGAGAGGUUCCAGGAGUACCUAUUAGGAAAGCCUUUCCGUUUGGAAACUGACCACAAGCCUCUUGGAACAUUACUCACCACCGAGGUUUUGGAUGACCUGUCGCCUCGUCUCCAAAGAAUAAGGAUGAAACUGAUGCGGCAUUUGUACACCGUGGAGUUCGUGCCGGGAAAGAAUCUCGUUGCUGCUGACGCGCUUUCUCGGAAUCCAUUGAAAUCAACGAACCCGUCAGCACUUGUCCAAGAAGUCCGCCCUUACGUCAGGAUGGUCGAGAAUACCCUCCCAGUCACUUCAGCAAGCCUCCAAGCCAUUCGUAAGGAGCAGAAACGGGACAAAGUUUGCCAGGAGCUGGUAAAAUUCAGCACAGCAGGAUGGCCUUCCAGGCGGGACAUAGAUCCUCAAAUUAAAGCCUGUUGGGACUACCAGAACGUCAUCGCCCUCGAGCAUUCCUUGCUGAUGUACAAAGACCGAGUCGUUGUACCAGCAUCAUACCGCAAGCACGUAUUGCAACAACUGCACAAGGGACACCAAGGGAUGGUGAAGUGCAAAGACAGGGCAAAGAACAGUGUAUGGGGGCCUGGGAUAACACGUGACACAUCGAGCACUUCAUUCGAAGUUGCACCACGUGCACGGAACAUGCGUCGAACCGGAGAGAGCCGUUACUGUCCUCAGAGUUUCCCAGCAGACCCUGGCAAAGACUCGCCAUCGGACUAUUACUCGCGAUUUGCUGAAAUCGCCCAACUCCGGCACCUAUCAUCGGCGACGGUGAUCGAACGCUGCAAAUCAGCUUUUGCUCGUCAUGGGAUCCCAGCUGAAGUGAUUACCGAUAACGGGCCUCAAUUCUCAGGGGCACAGGCUUCCGAAUUCCGAAGAGUCGCCCAGACCUACAGGUUCCGCCACAUCACCUCGAGCCCACGUUACUCGCAGGCUAACGGGCUCGUGGAAGCGUCCGUUAAAAUAGUCAAGAACUCGAUUAAAAAGACCAAUGAUCCCUACGAGUCUCUUCUAGCAUAUCGCUCAUCUCCCUGGCCCAACGGGUACAGUCCAUCCGAACCGUUAAUGGGCCGCAGACUACGCACCACCGUACCCAUCUCGGAAAAGAACCUGUUGCCCAAGGCUCCCGAUUAUGACCAGCUGAAACAGCGGGAGGAGAAGUUGAGGUCCAACCUGGCAACUGCGUGCAACUCCCGUCAUGGUGAUCGACGACUCCCUCAGCUCGACGUCGGAGGCAGGGUGUGGAUCAUCGACCUCAAAUGCCGUGGAACCGUGGAGCGGAAGGCCAGCACGCCGCGAUCGCUCUGUGUGAAAACGAACGGGAAAGAAGUGCGCCGCACAAUAACUCAUCUAAUGAGGUACCACAACAGUGGAUGCUCCGGGGGACAGUCUGUGUCAUCCGAUGUGCCAGAGGACAGCCCUCAAGUGACUUCGUUGCCAGAGGCAGGACCUGUGAUACCGUCCACCCAAGAAGCUGCCGACAACUCAAUGCGAGAUCGUCCGAGUCCUCAUACCGCUCAGCAGAGCACUUCCGAAGAAACCGAGUGUUCUGAUGACUCUCACCAACAUACCAGGAGUGGCCGUUUUCAAAAACCACCUGAGAGACUCGUUUUGUGA